AUGGCAGUAUCGCCUGUAGUUACUCUCUCCUCUGCUGGAAACAAUUCAGCUAUCGGUGGGCCUAGUACUAAUUCGAAUAUCCUUUCAAUGCGCAAUUCUGUGACAAUGGCAAAAGCUGCCUCACGACAGGUGUCUGGGUCUGAGCGCGAGGCAUAUCUCGCGGGAGGGCCGGAGCCAGCUGAGCAAUUAAAUGCUGCCGUAAGCCAUAAAUAUAUCAAAGAUAAAAAGCUUGGAGAAGGUACAUAUGCUAUCGUGUAUCUUGGCCACCUGCGAACGGAUCCAACGUCACUUGUGGCUAUUAAAAAAAUUAAGCUCAAUUCAGAAUACAAAGAUGGUCUUUCUGUGGACGCUAUUCGAGAAGUUAAAUAUCUACAAGAACUCUCUCAUCCUAAUAUCAUAGCGCUCCACGACGUCUUUUCAUCUAAGGAUCAGAAUCUCAACCUCGUUCUGGAAUUCCUCCCAUUAGGAGAUCUUGAAAUGCUUAUCAAAGAUAGUAAUAUCCAGUACGGAGCAGCAGACGUUAAAGCGUGGAUGGGAAUGCUGGCCCGGGGAGUCUGUUUCUGCCACGAAAAUUUUGUACUACAUCGCGAUAUUAAACCCAAUAAUUUACUCAUUGCCUCCGAUGGGGAAGUUAAACUGGCCGAUUUUGGUUUGGCACGGUCGUUUGCAGACCCCUAUGCGAACAUGACCCAUCAGGUCAUCACCCGCUGGUACCGCCCGCUGGAGCUGCUGUACGGUGCCCGCCAAUACUCUGGAGCAGUAGACAUAUGGUCCUCGGGGAUGGUUUUUGCGGAGCUUCUCCUACGUGUGCCAUUUGCCGCAGGAAACACAGACAUGGACCAAAUCUCCAAAAUCAUCGGCGCCUUCGGAACCCCCACAGAGGAAAACUGGCCCGGGGUAACAAAACUCCCCAAUUACGUACCCCUCGAUGAAAUCCAAAUCACUCCAUUGCAAGGUCGUGAUUUCUUCAUGCGCCAGUUCCCUACAGCGGGCCCAUUAGGUGCUGACCUCCUUGCAUCAAUGUUGAAGCUUGAUCCGCGAAAACGGAGCACUGCGCGGCAAAUAUUGCAGCAUCCAUGGUGGACUGCUGAGCCGACACCGACGAGGAACGAAGAUUUACCGCGAAAAUCGGGUGGUGCGAAGAAGAUGGGCGAUGAUAUGGGGAGGCGGGGAGGGGAUAUUGAUGAUUCUUGGUUUAAGAACACUGCAAGGCCACUGGACUUUGGAGCGAUGAAGUAA